AUGUCCUUCAGCCAGUUCCUCAUUGCUUACUUCCUCGGUGGCCUUACCUUAAUACCGAUAGUGAUCAUUUGCUUCAUCUACUUACAUCCGAGGGACGAGCGCACUCAAACCGACCGGUUGAUAGCCGACCAGGAAGAAGGACUAAAAGCCGGCGCCAUUGAAGAAGAUAAGUCCACAGGCAUUGAAGCGUUCCAUAGUGGGUGGAUCUUUGUCACCCAAACGUAUUUGGAGUCCCAAGAUGAAAUCAAUAGCUCAACUAUAAGCAUUGAAAGCGACUCCAAAUCGGCGUAUUCCAGUCUUUAUAAGUUGCAACAGAAGCAACAGAAACAGGAAGAAGAUUUGAACGAAGAGUUCGAGGAUAAUAGCAACGCCAUACCUCCAUCAUGUAAUGCUUCAAAUCUGGAAUUAAAUGGUUCAUCUAACAAUUUUGCCAAUGCAGGUUCAUCUGGUAAAAGUACAGGCUUGUCAGCAUCAUCAACAUCUGCAUCCAUUGCACCUGUUAAUGCUUCUUCCUCGGCUUCGUCUAUUUCCUCUGCUUCUACAACACCAUAUGCGGCAGCAGCAGGUGCAACAUCUUCUCCUUCUUCUUCCAGCUCAUCACGAACUAACGGAAGUUCAUCUAAUCUCCGACCAAGCCAGCGAAAACAUCGGUAUUAUGCUGUAUUGAAACAUGGAAACCUCUUUCUUUAUAAAGAUGAAAAAUUAAAGGAAGUGAAACAUGUGAUAGUGUUAAGUUCUUAUUUGGUGACUUUAUGGCCUCGGAAUUUAACAGAUGCUCAACUUUUCACCAAAAGAACGGCCAUUUGUCUUAUGAAACGUGAUUGGAUAAGACCUCGUCGACUUUCAGAUAACUUUGAAACGUUUGAUAAAGAUAAAAUCUCCGUUAUGGAUGUUUUAUAUCCUAAUUCAACCUUAUCCCCCCCCAAAGGGUCAUUUUUUAUUUAUGAUGAUCUUAAUAUCGAUAAAGAAGAUUGGUAUUUUGAAUUAAUUAAAGCCACUAAAAUAUCAUCCAAAUUCAACAUGGAUCUUUUAAAUCCUUUAGUUCAUGCAAAUACAAUGCAUUUUGAAACAAGAAACAUGAUUAAUUUGAUUCAAACAUUAUACUCUUCUGAAGGUCAUUUGCAAACUAAAUGGUUGAAUGCAAUGAUUGGAAGAUUAUUCUUAGCAUUUCAAAAGACAGAUGUUUUAAAAGAAUUUUUAAUCCAAAGAAUUUAUAAGAAAUUGAAUAAGAUCAAAGUCCCUGGGUUUCUUGAUAAAUUCCAAAUUGUUAAAGUUUUCCCAGGAAAUUCAGCCCCAUUCUUCACUCAUCCUCAUUUGAAAGAAAUUAGUCCUGAUGGUUCAAUUUUAAUGAGUACUUUUGUUUCUUAUAGUGGUCAAUUAUCUUUGCAAAUUGCAACUAAAUUGACCAUUAAUCUUGGAUUUAAACCUCGGGAGGUCGAUGUUCUUUUAUCAAUAACUUUGGAGUUAUUGGAAGGUACUGUUCUUUUCAAAAUAAAACCUCCUCCAAGUGAAAGAAUUUGGUAUUCAUUUGAAGUCGAACCUGUUCUUCAACUUAAAAUUGAACCAAUUAUAAGCUCAAGACAAUUAACUUAUAAUAUUAUCACCAAUCAAAUCGAUAAAAAAUUCAAAGAAGCAAUCCGGGAAUCUUUGGUGUUACCUCAUUGGGAUGACUUAGUAUUCUUUGACACUAAAGAUUACAUUUAUCGUGGUGGGAUUUGGGAAAACCCAAAACCUUUUGAAGAAAGAGAAUCUGAUAAGGAAAAUGAUUCCAAUUCAGUCCAUCGAUCUUCUACUUCAAUUGGUGAAGCUUUAGAUGAAGAUGCCAUUGAUUCUUCACCUCCAGAAUCUGUUAGACUGAUUCAAACAAAUUCAAGUCAAAUGACAACUAAAAUGAAAUUAAGUGCCACUUUAUCAGACUUUUCCAAACGAUUAAAGAAAACAAAAUCAACUCAUACACUUUCUGUUAAUGAGGAGAAUUAUCUUAAUGAUGGUUCAACGUUAAACUCUCCUGAUUCAAAUAAACAGAACAAUCCAACAAUGAGUACUUUGAAGAAAAUUGGCCAAUGGUAUUUCAAAGACAAUAACAAGAAUAAUAACGAAACUGAUAGUCAAGGUAGUUUCCAUUUUAAAAAGGCUUCCACAGAUAGUAGUAGUUUAGGAGAAGGAAUUGAAGAUUCUUGUUCAAUUACAGGAGUAGCUAGUUCUACAUCAUCUGGAGCAGCUUCCAAAGAUUAUAAUCCUCCAGAAAUGAUAUCAUCAAGAAGAAAGAAGUCUGAUCGGAAACCUUCAAUAUCUCAAGUAGCCACCACACCAUCAGUUUCUGCAUCUUUACCUCACUCGUAUGAAUUUGCAAAGUCUCCAGAGCAAACUCAUACAGUGUUGAAAACUUUAUCAAUACUGUCAGGCAACCCUUACGAAUUUGAUGAUAAUAUCAAUAUUCCUGAAAUGGAGUAUUCAGACGGACAAGCAACGGUUGGUGUUACGCAAGCAACAACCACUUCAUUCAACCAAUCAGUCAGUCUUCAUUCUUCAAAACCAGCACCACCAAGUUACUCACUGGAAGAUUUUCCAUUCAUUUCAAAACCUGACCAGAGACCAGUACUGUCUCCACGAGCUCCUACGGACAAUCUUAUAGGAACACCAACCAAACCUUAUAGGAAACCUCCUCCACCCUCAUCACCAAGAAUUCUUGAGAAUAGUUUUGAUUAA